AGGCCAUGGAGGAAACGCCACAAGAUAUUUCCUUCCCAAAACAAAAAGAGGCAAAUAAAAGCUGAAUGGCUCAAGUGCUGAUUACAAUGACAAAAACAAUCAAGCUGGAACAAAGACAAAAGCUGAUAAAAGUGACAAUAGAAAAGGAAAGUGGAAAGGGAGCAUGCCUGUAUGUGUCCUCAGCAAAAAGUUCAGAUUCAACAACAAUCAUCAUCAAGAAGCUGGAGACUAUCAGGAUUUACUGUUAACAAGGAAUCAAGCAUUGCAUUAACUUCAAAGUUAUGCGCCUCUGUGAGGAUGGCUCUUAUUGUGUUGGAAGACUGUGAAGAAAACAAUUUCAUUGAGACUAUCAAAUACUUGAUGCAAGAGCAGUACAUUGAUGAGCUUGUGUUCAAAUGCUUGACACUGGAGUGUGAUCACCUGAUAACGCAACCAGGACAAUUUGCAGUUACUCCCAAAUCAAAGAGGUCUGGCAUCGUAAGAAAAAGGAAAUUUGAUACAGCUUUUCUAUCAUCAGGGAACAAUGAUUGUGAAGGAUUUUUCAUCACUGGAUAAAGUCACCAUUUCAUUGGAGGACAUGGAGAAGAAGGUCAUGGAAGUUCUUACAAAUGAAAGAAAAGCGUUUGGAAUUAGGGACAAGCAGUCAUGAAAGCUUUUAUAAGCAGAAUUUUCCAGAGUAAAUGUCCACUGUUAUUCGCUUGCUCUAAAAAAGAGUCUUAAUAUGUAAAGUAAUCAAUAAUUAUCAAUUUUACUACUAACAGUGCAUGUAACAAUACCAAACAGAAAAUCUCAUGUUGGAACUAGGGGUAACAUUGAGAAUUGUAAUGAAAUGUUUUGUAAACAAAAUAGUGAGGAAAUCAACAUUGCAACAGUCUGGUAUUUACAGUUUGAGUAAUUUUUUAAUUUCUAAUUACUUACCCAAGAGCUUUUUGGCAAUAAUGAAAUUGAUGUAUUUCAUUUCUUCAUCUGCGUAGUUAUUAACUUUUAGACCCUACAGCUUAAUGAGUAAAGAUGCACAUCUAUUCCUUUUAAAGCUCAAUCCCAAAUAGAUGCAACUGACUUCUACGUUAGAGGUCACAUGAGAAAUAUACACUUGUGAUAAAAAAAACCUUUAUUGAAUUUUUGGAUCAAUAUCAGUAUCUGGGCAACUGCCCACCUACCCCUCCCCUAACUCAACAACAGUCAAUUGACAACAAGUUAAGGUUGAUGUUGGGUUAGGGGAGGGGUAGGUGGGCAGUUGCCCAGAUGCUGAUAUUGAUCCGAAUUUUUUAAUCAAUAUUUACAUGUAUACUUAUCAAAGUUAC